CCGGGAACGGUCGCCGCUGCCAAGACCCGCAUCGUCAGCACCAAGUACGGACAGGUCCAAGGGCUCAUCCGCCACCUGGGGCACCUUCUCGGAGACGUCGAAGUGUUCUUAGGCGUCCCGUACGCCAGCCCACCCGUCGAAGAGGGCCGCUUCACACCGACCAACACGCCCACGCCUUGGGAAGGCGUGCUGGACGCCACCACCCAGCCCCAGGUAUGCCCGCAGCUCCUGCCCGAGCCCGAUGAGUCGUACAUGCCCCGUGCCCGAGCCCAGUUCAUUCGGCAGGUGACGCCUGCCCUGGCUAACCAGAGCGAGGACUGCCUCACGCUCAACAUCUAUACACCGAUCAUGGUGAUCCCCGGCUCGGAGGUGUACCCCGUGCUGGUCUACUUCCACGGCGAGAGCUUCAGCUGGGGCGCGGGCUCGCUCUACGACGGCUCCGUGCUCGCCGCCUACGGGAGGGUUGUCGUGGUCACCAUCAACUACCGCCUCGGCCCGCUCGGAUUCCUGAACACGUAUGGUGGCGGGGCGGGGGGCGUGGUGAGUAACUUCGCACUGCUCGACCAGAUCGCCGCCCUCAACUGGGUCGCGGAGAACAUCAACCAGUUCAAUGGCGACCCCUCAAGAGUGACGCUCUUCGGGAGGGACACAGGGGCGGCUUGCAUCUCGUUCCUGAUGGAGAGCCCCAUUGUACCCCCAGGGUUGUUCCACCGCGUUGUCAUGCUGUCGGGGUGGUCGCGCUGCCCUUGGUCGUGGGUGACAGCCCCGUUAAGCAUGACGCUACGCCUGGCCAUGGCCGCCGAGUGCCCCGUGCCUGACGACCCCGCAUCCGCCCACCCUCGAACUGUGGCAUGCCUACGGGCGGCGCCACUGGAGGCCCUCAUGUCGGCGGCGCGGAAGGUGGAGUCCCCGGCGUUCAUCCCGGCGUGGGGGCCAAGCGAGGACGGCGUGGUGGUCGCUGGGGCUCGGCGGGGUUCGUCGAUGGGGCGGCAGCGCGUCGAGGUGGUCAUCGGUUACACGCCGUGGGAGGCGUGGUCUUGGCUAGGCCAGAGCCUGGUCGAAAAGGGCGUCGACAACGUGAUCUUCGAGCGGGUGGCAAGGACGUGGGUGCGGAACACGCGCCAUCACCACCUACGCGAGGUGCUGGCGGCGGCGCUGCAGGAGUACACGGACUGGACGGCCGUCACGCCCAGCCCGGAGGAGCGACGCAAUCUCCUGCUGCACCUGUUGGGCGACGCGGGCGUGGUGGCGCCCCUGCACCAGGCGGCCGACCACCUAGCGCGGCACACCAAAGUGUUCAUGUUCCUGUGUGACCUCGGGAGCAGGCUCCAAGGCCAGCUGCAAGUCCCCGGGUGGGAGCUGGGCCUGAUGUGGGGCACGGGACUCAGUGACGUCACGCGGUCCCCGGGGGCGCCGACACCCCCCCUCAAGGCCCUCCCGCUCACGCAGCUCUCCGAGGACGUCAUCACGCUGCUCACCAACUUCGCCAAGUCAGGCGAUCCAAAUCUACCACGGGAAUCCCCCUCACCAGGUUUCGCCGCAGUGGCUUGGCCGAAAUACAUGCCCGAUACGAGACAAUACCUCAGGAUAGGCGUGCCGCCCACGGUCGGCUCGCAAUACCGCGCCCACCAGCUGGCGCUCUGGACAUGGCUGGUGCCCGAGCUGGAGGCAGCGGGCAAGACGUACCCCCCGGACCCCAACUCGUGGGAGCUCAGCACGGACCCCAAGCUCUUCUACGGCGUGGUCAAGCCGCCCGACCCCUGGUACUUCCUCACGCCCAACACUACCACGACCCCCACCACCGUCGUGGCGCCCACAUCGCCAGAUACGCCCGCGACGAAGCCCACGACGCCGAGAACGACCACCACGCUGGCUCUCACGCCCACCGUAGUCGCGAGCAUCGCUCCUAAGAUCCUGUUUCCGGACACCAGCGAGUACGUGCGCUACUCCACGGCGAUGCUGGUGACCGUAGGCCUUGGCGUGUCGCUCCUGCUGCUCAACGGACUCAUCUUCCUCCUGCUGUUCUGGCGACGCCCCGCGCAGCCCCACGCCUGCCAGGGCCACCACGUCCACGCGCAGGACGGUACGGGUAUGCCGCGGGUGGGCUCCGUGAUGAGCAUGGGAGGCCUUGGGGGGACCUACGGCGGGCCCCCCGACUGCGUCAAGGCGUCCUACGAGAAACUCCACCUCACCGCCGACGACUCACGCUGGCGCAGCUCUCUCUUUUGCUUGUUCUCCUCAACAGGUCGCCGUCGAACACGCUCAAGAGAUGCAAGUCACCGGGUCCGCUCAAGUCCCAAGGCUCCUUCAGGUCUCAUGGUGUGGCUACCAUAUGCAGGUCCCCCCGUGGAGGCGACGGCGGCGGCCACCGGGAGACCUCGUUCACGGUCGAGCCGCCCACCCUCCUUCGGGACGACGACUCGCGCCCGCGUGCUCAGUCCGUGGCGACGAUUGGUGAGGCGCACGGCACUCUUUAAUAGUCGUCAUUCCCCUUCAGACGGGACACUUCGCGCCGCCUCGGAGCCCCGCGAGGCGCCCACGGGCCCGGGCGCGGGCGGCGACCGGCGACCCAACGGCUGGGCGAGCUUCUAUAGCAUCAUGAUAAGCUAUCACAUCUUGAAUUCCAACUGGGAGAGCUACCACAUAUGUGAAAAUGCACUUAUGUUCUUACACUUGCGAUAUCCUUAUUCCAGUGUGUUCUGUGUUCUAUUGAAGAAGAAAAUCAAGAAAUGCUGUACGUGCUGCGCGCCUACACAGGCACCUAUUCUGUACCUGCCCAUGUACGUGCACCGCACUCACCCACACCCAUGUUCUGCACUCGUCCAUGCACCCCACCCCAGGCCUCUCUGCCAGUACUUUGUGGCGAUGAUGGGCGGUGCCCAAGGUCCAGAGGAUUCGUGGGAGAAGGGUAUGCAGUCAAAAUAUUGGUGCCUUUAG